GCCAUUACGGGUUUUGGAUUUCAGCCAGCAACUAUGGCUACAAACGGCACGCGAAGCGGCUUCUCGUCUCAUUGGUUUCCAAGGCGACCGCGAAACAUGCCGCGAAACGCAUGGUUUCGCGUGUCGUGUUGCUUGCCAAGUCUCACGCCGUGAACGCACGUUUUCACCUCACCACUUUACUGCCGAGUGCUUCGCGAAGCGUUGAACUCUGUUUUAACAGAGGUGCUUGACAUGCCGACGGAAACUAUUUGGGACGCUGCAGUAAGACUCAGUAAAGAGGCUGAAAAGAAUGGUACUUCGAAGAAUGUCGAGACUACAUUCCUUGUUGUUGGCAAUAAGCAAAGUGGAAAGACAACACUUCUGCACCGUUUUCUUGACAAGGCAGACACUCCCAGGCCAUCACUGGCUCUCGAGUACAUGUUCGGAAGACGGUCGCACGGGGCCGGCGUGCUAAAGGACAUUUGCCACAUAUGGGAGCUGGCCGGAGGAGCGUUUGCCACUGACCUGUUGGAAAUUCCGAUUACCAUGGAAACACUGCAGUCACUCUCGGUUAUCAUGGUGUUGGACCUGUCCGCACCAGAGGUCCUGUGCAUCCUGUUUGAGACGUUACUAAAGGCGCUGCAGUCCCGUAUCGACCGAGUCCUCGACGGGGCUCUGAAGAACGAUGCCAGCAUCAACGAAGCGAUCCACGAGGCCAGCUCGUCUCGUCUGCCGAAUGAACACCCCGACAAGAAGGCUGUGACACCAUUCCCAGUUCCACUGUUGAUCAUUGGUUCCAAGUACGACAUCUUUCAGAACUACGAGCCUGAGAAGCGGAAAGUCGCCUGCCGCUACCUCCGGCACGUCGCUCAUGCCAACGGGGCAUCCCUCCUGUUGACAAGCUCCAAGAAUGAGUCUCUCAUUUCGAGGCUUAAGACAAACCUGGCAUACCUGGCCUUCGGUUCUGGCUCGGGCCCUAUCUGCUACGCGGUAGUGAAAAAGGCAUUCACAGAGAUCUUUCCACAAGUGGAGCAAAAGAUGACCAUUCCAGAAGACCCGAGCCGUGACCCGAAGUUCAAGGAAAAAGACAUCGAUCUCAUGAAGGCACAGAAGGAAGCUGAACUGGCCGAACUUCGCAAGAGGCGCCAAGACGAGGAAAGAGCGAGGGAACUGCCGGAUUUUGACUAGGCGUGGUCUUUGAAUGAGCGAGAAUUUCAUAUCGGAAAAUAUUUUAUGCAAUCAUGUUUCUUGCAUUCUCCCAUCUGCACUACAGAGCAGCACGCCCAUUUAGUCUUCGUUUGGUCGUCUGUACUAACUUCAUUGGUGUUACAAAUCCUGACCACGGCAUUGGACGACUGAGAAUGGUCACUCAAAAUAACUUGCGAUCCAGAGAGAAAAAUCGCCGUUGACGUGUUCCAGUCAUCACAGGUUGCCGAUAUCGACAUUACUUAACAAGUCAAGAGGUGAGAUGAUCUGCACCAAUGUACUGCUACUGCCAUCGCGCACAUUUGUUCACACACUGCUUUGUGGCAUUCAACAUUUUUAUCAUCAUCAUAGUCAUCAUCAUCGUAAUCAUUGUCACCCUAUUUUCUGUCAACUCCAAAACAAAGACCUCUUCAAGCGAUUUAUAAUUUACCCCGUCUUGCGCGAGAUUCUGCCAUUUUAUUCCUGCAAACUUGUCGAUUUCAUCGAACGUUAUAUCAUUCCUUGCCGCAUUUUUUAUUCCCUGUUAUGAACGGCUGCUUGAAAUAUGCAAAACUGCAUAAAAAAUGGUGGAGGGCUGUAGGUGUUCAGAAAGGCAAUUUUUCUUGUUGUGUCAGAACAUUUUGGCCGAGCGCGGCAUGAAAAUUACACGCGCCAUUUAUUGUGAUUUGUGGCAACUAUCCCCGAAAUAAAACAUGUGAAACCCGGUUCAUUUUCAGAUGCUGAUAACAAACCUAAUUCAUCUGGUAACUUAAACAACAUAAUUAAACCUGAGUGCUCAUUGCUAUUGAUAGCAGCAUGCGAGCCAACGAUACAUACUCAUUAUGUGAUAUGGUACUACCAUGUCCAAGUCGAUAAUGAAGGCUGGAAGGAUUGAAAUUAAAUCACGAUCACUGUAAAGUGAGGCCACCGUUGUAAUAAUAGCGAUAACGCAGGCAGUCUUGCCGAAAUCUAGUUACUACAUAUAUUUUGUUUGCCAGUUUUUUAUAAAUUUCAGAUCACAAAACAUUUAUUUAUUUAUUAUAUAGUAAAUGCUUCGUUAGCAAUUCCGGUACUUGCAGAGCUAUACUAACGCUAUAUUAAUGUACAGUUCCAAUUUAGUGUGUCCAUAUAGACAUGAAUCUUUGCACAGUUUGUUUAUUUACAUUCCUCAUACAUUUCUACUAGAGGGGAUGUGAAACUGCAAUUUCUAACUUUCAUAAUUUCUUAUUUUAUUCUCUAUUUCUAGUUAACAUCUUUGUAUUGUAAAUAAACUGGAAUUUUCAUACACAAGUCUUUUGUAAGCGUCAAAUACACGAUUUUCCAAGGCAAAGUUGAAAGUAAAGAAAGAAAGACCUCUAGGAAUGUAAAGUAGUAUACGAAGUAGUAUGCAAUUAAUAUCAAACAAAUCAUCGUGAAAUUCUACACAGCACAAAAUUAAAAAUAUGAGCCUGGCUGCUUUGUUAAAGGCUACCGUGUUUACUCGCGUAAUAUGUGUAUGGUCUAACACUGGCUGUUUACUUAUAAUGCUGCAAUAAAAUAAUAUAUCUGCA